GAGAAGCGAAGGGCAAUUUCAUUAGAAAUAUCAAUAUAAAACCUGACGUCGUUUAGCUCAAGAGUAUUCGUCGUACAAGGAAGCCAUUGUUAAAGCACUGAAGUUUUUAUAAAUCGAAGCUCGUAGAAGUGGCGAUGUCGAAGGAUAACGAACCAGCAAAGCUCCUAUUACCUUACCUUCAACGCGCCGAUGAGUUGCAGAAACACGAACCUCUCGUCGCCUACUACUGUCGAUUGUAUGCUAUGGAGCGAGGAUUAAGGAUUCCUCAAAAUGAGCGUACAAAAACCACUAGUUCCAUCCUUGUUUCGCUUAUAAAUCAACUUGAGAAGGAUAAGAAGUCACUGACAUUGGGGCCUGAUGAUCAUUUGCAUGUGGAGGGAUUUGCCUUGAAUGUUUUCGCAAAGGCUGACAAACAAGAUCGAGCUGGGCGAGCAGACUUGAAUACAGCAAAGACGUUUUAUGCUGCGAGUAUCUUCUUUGAGAUCCUUAAUCAGUUCGGUGAACUCCAGCCUGAUCUUGAGCAGAAGCAGAAGUAUGCAGCUUGGAAGGCAGCAGACAUAAGGAAAGCUUUGAAAGAAGGAAGGAAGCCUGUACCAGGCCCUCCCGGUGAUGAAGGAGAUACUUCAGAGUUGUCCAGUGCACCAAGUGAUACAUAUGAUCUUCAAUCUAGUAGAACUGAUUCAAUCAUCAAACCUGCACCAGAAUCAGAUUCGUCCAAUCACAUGUAUGACAGCGUACAGUAUUCUGCAAAUAGACCGUCUCCUCCAGCAGCCACCCCACCACCACCUCAUUUACACACCCCUCCACCUCCUUCACAUAUCCCUCCAUCACCUCCAGCAGCCACCACACAGUCACCUCCUUCACAUUUCCCUCCAUCACCUCCUUCCUAUCCUGGUGCCGAGUAUCCUUCUCAUAAUUUUCAGCAGCCUCCACCUGUUGAUGCAUCUGAAAAUUCUUCUUACCCUCAGCCGUAUCACCAUCAACCUUAUGCUCAAGAACCACAGUCUCACUUGCCACAGCCACACUACCCUUCACAAUUCCCCAAUUUCCAAUCCUAUCCUAGCUUUUCUGAGAGCAGUCUUCCUUCUGCACCAUCACAUUACCCUUCUUACUACCAAGGCGCUGAUGCUUCGUAUUCCACAUUGCCUGCAUCUAACACUGCAAACUAUCCAUCAAGCACUCAAUACAACUCAAAUGAGAGAAAUGGGUCUGCAUCAGAAGUUGCAGCUGCUCCUGUGAAAACGUACGCAUACGACAGCAAUUACCAGCCCCCUCCUGAGAAAAUAGCUGAAGCACACAAGGCUGCAAGGUUUGCUGUCGGAGCUCUGGCAUUUGAUGACGUCUCUAUCGCUGUAGAUUACCUCAAAAAAUCACUUGAGUUGCUGACAAACCCAUCAGCUGAUCAAUGAAGUUUAUUGUGCUAAACAGCUGGACUAAUCAAGUGUGUUAAACAUUUUUCUGCUGUGUUUUCACUAUUUGAUUUAUUUGUAGAUUGUGGUUUUCAUCGAUUGCUCUACCGUUUUAUGUUGAAACAGUGCUGCGGUUAUGUAUACGUCUACGAGUCCCAUCAUCUUUUUUAUUCAGAGAGCUAAUAUAGAUGUGGUGAUUCUGUACUUCAAUUUGUUUGAUGAACUAUGUUCUUUGGAAUAUUCAUCAAUUUGAUUGCACCUAGAAAAGAAACAAGAGAAAUAUAUCUCCAUAGUACAAGGAGAGUAUCAUAGUAAUGCACAAAUUUUAGUCA